AUGGAGACCCCUUUGGACAGGAUUGCCGCCAAUGUCGCUCAUCAUGCGGGGGUCAUUUGCGAUUACCAAGCCCAAUCGCAGCAAAAGAUUGGAAUUGGCCUCUUCCCAGCCAAUACACCAGAGAGCAUCAAUCGGGCUCGUCAGGGCUUGCUCCAAGCCAGCGCUGAACUCCAGCAGAUAUGCAGCGAGCCCGGUGAGUAUCUGGAGCAAACCCAAAUUUAUUACAAGAGACUGAUGUGUUCCUUUCCGCGCCAGUACCAGCGGCUUUCGGCUCUACAAUGGUUGAUCCACUUCAACGUCCUACAACACGUUCCAUUAGACCCGAGCACUUCAAUUACCUAUACCUAUGUGGCCGCAGUAGCCAAUGUUCCUCUGGGACGACUGAGGAACGUGGCGCGCAUGGCGAUGACUGGUGGCAUCUUGACGGAGCCUCGUGCAGAACACAUCGCGCACACCCGGAUAUCAGCACAUUUUGUUACUCAGCCGGUAUUUAAUGACUGGGUUCUGUUUAUGACGCAGUAUUCGGUACCUACAACAUUAUGCUUCUCGCAAGCCACAGAGCAAUGGGGUGACACGACCGCGACACAUCAGACGGCCUACAACUUGGCAUUCAAGACAACACUGCCCUUCUUCGCCCAUAUAGAGCAAUCCCAACAUUCAACUGAGCAGUUUGCCAGGUAUAUGCGUGCUUAUGUCCAAAAUCCCGGUUUAGCUAUAGAGCAUUUGCUUACUGGAUUUGAUUGGGAGGGCUUGGGGUCAGCUCACAUUGUCGAUGUUGGCGGCUCAACCGGCCAGGUCGACAUUAUGUUAGCUACUCAUUUCCCUCGCCUAACAUUUACCGUUCAAGACCGCCAAAGCACAAUCGCAGGCGCUGACAUCAUCCUACAGAGCUUAACGCCAUCAGUUGCAUCCCGCAUAAGUUUCAACGCUCAUGACUUCUGGAAACCGCAACGGCCCGAAAUCGCUAGCUCUGCUGACGUCUACCUUCUCCGCAGGUUGCUACAUGACUGGCCAUCAGCCAAGGCUCGUGUAAUUUUGCAGAAUUUAGUCGACGCAAUGAGACCGGGAGGUCGUAUUGUGGUUGUGGACAUUGUCCUACCGCCGCCAGGGACCGUGUCGCCGCUACAGGAGGCUUCCCUACGCGUCUUCGAUCUCGCUAUGGCGCAGACUUUUAAUAGCAGCGAGCGCGCUCGCAGCGAUUGGAUCGAACUCUUUGCCAGUACUACCCCGGCACUACGGUUGAGAUGCGAGCUUCAACCGUUCGGUAGUCUGCUGACUGUGAUGGAGGUUGUUCGGGACGAGUAA